AUGGGCGGUGUAAAAGAAAGGGGACAGACACGGGCGCAUCGUUCAGGGCAAUGUUCAUUAUCAACAUCGUUUGUGAACGAUCUUUUUGAACGGGUUGCUGCUGAAGCGUCACGUCUAGCGCAGUAUAACAAGAGACUGACGAUCUCAUCGCGUGAGACCGAUCCUCCCGGGAGAACUCGCGAAGCACGCCGUGUCCGAGAGAACCAAGGCAGUGACCAAGUACACAUCGAGCAAGUAGACCUGACUCGGACGUCGUGUUAA